UUCUCUCAUUCAUAAUUCGUGUCUCUUUAGCCUUCUUGUUCGCAGCACAAGCAAUUCGUUAAUGGAAGGAAGUAAUUCUUUCAUGCAGCUGCAGCUCAGUCUCUGCUCCAACUCCGACGAUCACCGGCGGCAACAAAUGACGAUUUUCUACGACGGCCGUGUUUGCGUUUCCGACGUCACAGAGUUGCAAGCGAAAGCCAUUCUAGAAAUGGCAAAGAAGGAAUUAAGGCUGGAUGAGAAACAAGGAGGUGGAAAUAGACAAGAGGAGAUUAACACUGCAGCUUUGCCGGCGCCAGCGACGCAGUUGAUGAGUCCGGGGCAGUCUAUGAAGAGAUCGUUACAGAGGUUUCUUCAGAAGAGGAAGACGAGGAUAGCCGAAAGUUCUUCACCUUAUGGAUUUCGGCAGCCAUUGCUGCAGUUGUUUUCUUCUUAAUUUCUUCUUCUUUUAUGUGGAUUGGAGAAAUGAUUUGGAGUUCUUUUAGGGUAUGUAAUUUUGUAUUGGUUUGGUUUAUUUAGUUGUGGGGUUAGGUAGCUGCUUGUUGUAGAAGAAGAAACUGAUAGAGAAAAUAUUUUUAUGGCGCAUA